AUGCCCCGUUCUUCUCGUACAGGUGAACUGAUAUUUAAUCUUGAGUUCGAGAAGGUCGAGCGAAAGCUACGAAAGGAAGCCAAACAACGAAAAGCUGCUCAAGUUGCGAAGCUGGCAGAAUCUUUAAACCACCUCAAAAUCUCUAGCUCUAGUGACUCUGAAAGUGAUCAAGAGACUGUCAUGGCUGAGGAUACCCGCACUUUAAGGGAGUUGGCUGCUCCCGACUUGGCGCAGCAACCCUUAUGCAUUAACUUUCCCACUCUGAAUAACACUAUUGCUUUUGAACUCAAAUUUGGAUUAAUUCAUUUAUUGCCUUCUUUUCAUGGACUUGUAGGUGAAAAACCUCACAAACACUUGCAAGAGUUCGACGUGGUGUGCUCCAGCAUGAAACCACCAGGUAUUACUGACGAACAGAUCAAACUCAGAGCCUUCCCAUUCUCACUCAAAGAUGCUGCAAAGGAUUGGCUCUACUAUCUCCCACCUGGAAGCAUCGACACGUGGAACAACAUGAAGAAUAAAUUUUUGGAAAAGUACUUUUCAGCUUCCAGAGCUGCGAUCCUGAGGAAGGAGAUAUGUGGCAUCAAGCAACAAUCAGGUGAAACGCUCCAUGAAUAUUGGGAGCGAUUCAAUAAGCUUAUCAUUAAAUGUCCACAACAUCAAAUUCCCCCUCAAUUAUUGAUUCAAUACUUUUAUGAUGGUUUGUCGUUGAUGGACAAGAACAUUAUCGAUGUUGCAAGUGGUGGAGCUUUAGUAAAUAAGACGCCGGCACAAACUUGGGAUCUUAUUGCGAGGAUGGCUGAAAAUACACAGCAAUUCGGCUCAAGAGAUGUUGGACAUAUGAGCGGAAACAACGACCAUGCCAUCCAAUCGAUGCAGCAACAACUUUCUGAGUUGACGAGCUUCGUUCGCAAGAUGGUCGUGGAAAAAUCCAACCCGAGUGUCCAGGUCAAGGCGUGUGGAAUAUGCACGAGUACAGGACACCCUACAGAUGCAUGUCCGACCCUCCAAGAAGAAUGUGCAGUGGAUGUGAACGCUGCAAACUACUGUAUAAAUAGACCUCCAGCGUACAAUCCAUACUCCAACAUCUACAAUCCAGGCUGGAGAUAUCAUCCAAACCUGCGCUAUGGAAACGCACACCAGAAUCAUGGUCCUCAACCAUUUGGAGCCACACAUCAGAUGCAACAGCCUCGCCCUUACGAGAAACAGCUCCCCCAAACACCCACAAGCAACUCCAGUCCGUCCUUGGAAGACUUGGUGAAGUCUAUGGCUACCAGUACCCUGUAA